AUGACGUCAAAUAGUGUAUAUUCUAAUGUCCAAGUCUCCAGAGCCUCCUUAUCAAAAGGAGGCGGGGAGUCGAGCUCAUCAACAACAAUUUUCAAGCUCCGGGAUAGCUGCCAUGCCUGUGCUUUGUCUAAAGUCAAAUGUCACAAGCAGAAACCAACAUGCUCACGAUGCAUCAAACGCGGAAUAGCAUGCGAAUAUAUUAUAACGAAACGCCCAGGGCGAAAACGGGACAAUAACCACGCCAACGCCCAUAAAGACAGCAAUGGUAACACGACGGAGGUCUUGCAACCAAGUUCUUCCGUUACACAACAUACAUGGCUUGGUAUGACAGGCCCCACCACUGCAGAUUCCACGUUAUCUGGAAGCACUGACUUCUUGAACCCGCUAAACCUUAACACAACAUCUCCCAGAUCGUAUAAUGUCUCUGGCCCAGAGUCGGACAUCUUCGAUAGUCUUUUAAUGCCCCUCGAACAUUAUCCCUCCGAGCUCAUGGGAAUGGGCAACGAUUUCGAUGAAUUUUUUAACUCGCCUAUAAAUUUCUCUGGGUCGGAGACUUCAGACCAUCAGUUAUUUGCUCAAGGACACAGUGAUAUUUCGAAGCUUCUCAUGAACGAUGACACCGAUUCUGGACUUCAUUCAGAAAUUUUCCCAGCCGAACUUUUAAAUCCAUCGAAGGCAAUAUCUCCGUCAAACGAUUGGUCACUAUCGAGUAGUGACACAAGUGUGAGCCGUGCUUCGCAUUCCUGCCCUUGCUUGAUCCAAGCUCUAGAUAUUAUGAAGAAAAUCUUGUCAAACACAAUUCCAGGCUCUGCUCAAUCAAGUAGUAGGGAACACGAUACGAAUAUGUCUGAUGUAGACUCCAGCUGCGCUGUUGAGGUACCGUCGGCACAGAAUGUUGUCUUGGAGAACAAACAGACUAUCGAUGUGCUCACUACCAUGUUACAAUGCUCUUGUGGGGGGGAUGGGUAUUUAUUGAUGGUGAUGUCGAUGAUUGUAUUCCGGAUUUUGGGUCGAUAUGCAGCCGCAGCAUUGAAACCACCUGAGGAAGAUGGGGAGGGAAGUGAGAGAUCGAGCGUGAGCACUUCUACAAAAGAGCACAAAAGAAGACCCAGCAACUAUGACCCCAACGACGAGGGACCCAGGCGAAUGGCCGCUCAGUCGAUCUUGCGCGAGCUACAUCGCGUGCUGCGAUUGAUCAAUGAGUUAUCGUUGAAACUCCAGGCUCAUGGGCGUGAGUCAACAGGAAGUGAUAACCAAGGAAUUUUGGUGAAGAAAAGUUCGACUUGGGAGAGUCAAGCUUCCACACUUUCAGAUCACUUGAUCAAAGCAGCUCCUUUUUCAGCCGUAAGAUUUGCUCAGUUAGAGUUAGAUAUGCGCAAGUGUCUCGAGACAUUGUCUUCGGAGAUCAUCAAUAUGUUGCGGCAGAUCUGA